AUGUGUGCGUGUCGACCAGGUGAUAUGUGGGCCCAAGAUUGGAGCAACCUCAAGGACCUCCUCCAACCCUGCAAGGGGAAACCGUCUCUCGACAUCACACCCGCGCUUCGAAAGCAGAACUACACCCCAGAGAAGAUGUUUCGAGUAUCAGAGGAAUUCUUCACGUCUAUGGGAUUGAGUCCCAUGCCGGAGACAUUUUGGAAUCGUUCCAUCAUCGAGAAACCGAAAGAUCGGGCAAUUAUCUGCCAUGCUUCCGCCUGGGACUUCUGCGAUUCCAAGGACUUUAGAAUCAAGCAGUGCACGGACGUGACUAUGAAGAACUUCGUGGUGGUCCAUCACGAGAUGGGACAUGUUCAGUACUACAUUCAGUACAAAGACCAGCACAUCGCCUUUCGGAAGGGAGCAAACCCAGGUUUCCACGAGGCGGUGGGGGAUGUCAUUGCGCUAUCGGUGGUGACCCCGAAGCACAUGGUGAAGAUCGGGCUCCUGCCGGAGUCAGCACGGAAGGAGGACUCGGAAGUAGACCUGAACUUUCUCAUGUCUCAGGCCUUGUCCAAGGUGGCCUUUCUCCCGUACGGUUACCUUAUCGAUGUGUGGAGGUGGAAUGUCUUCCGGGGCAAUAUCUCCUCCAGCCACUACAACUGCGAGUGGUGGAAGCUCAGGUCAGAGGUGCAAGGAGUUCGGCCCCCGAACAUCCGCAGCGAAGUGGACUUCGAUCCAGGCGCCAAACAUCACGUUGCUUCAAGUGUCCCUUACAUCAGGUAUCCUAAGCAGAUCCAUUCCAGAAAUGUUGUGAGUAAUUUAAUUCCUGUUCGUGCCAUUUCCAGGUACUUCGUGAGCAACAUCAUCCAGUUCCAAUUCCACCAAGCUCUGUGCACAGCAGCAGGAGAAUAUGACCCAAAAAAUCCCAUGGCGAAACCCCUUCAUCAAUGCGAUAUCUACCGAAACAAGGAAGCCGGGAACCUCCUCAAGGAGAUGCUGAGAGUCGGGUCUUCGAAACCGUGGCCUGAUGUAAUGGCAGGAAUCACUGGAGGGAAUCGCCGCAUGGAUGCCUCCGCCCUCAGGGAGUACUUCCAGCCUCUGGAGGACUGGCUGCGGAAGGAUAACAAGAAACAUGGCACCGUCGUUGGAUGGAAACUUGGUAGGAAUCCAUCAUGUUCUGUUCCUUGCUUACGAGGCAGUCGUCGUGGAAGUCUCACUGGAAGAGGAGCCAUGUCGUUUCGGAGUGCGUGUUUCCUCUCGUGUCUCGUCCUUGCUCUGGGGGCAAACGUCGACAGGCAGGAGAAGAAAGGCCCGAAUCCAUCGGACGAGGCUGCGGCUUGGGCUUUCAUCAAAGAUUACGACGUUCGCGCGUCGGAACGGUGCAAUAGAAAUGCUCUCGCUCAGUGGGCUUUCACCACCGAUCUCAGCGAGGCCAAUAGUCGGGCUGCUCUGGGAGAUCUGCAGGCCCAAAUGGAGGAGAUAUACGGCACGGCGAGUAUCUGCGAUUACGGGGACAAGUCUCGCUGCAAUCUCACCUUGGAACCAGAUCUGACGAUGAAGAUGGCAGAGCUUCGCGACCCGGAGGAGUUGCAGUGGAUCUGGAAACAAUGGCGGGACAAGACCGGGAAAAAGAUGAGGGGCAUGUACAGUGAAUUCGUCCAACUCGACAACGAAGCCGCCCGGGCCAAUGGAUUUCCCGACAUGGGUGCUCUUUGGCGCAACCGCUACGAGACGGAGACGUUCGAGAAGGAUGUGGCGGAGCUGUGGGAGGCUGUCAAGCCGUUGUACGAACAGCUGCACGCCUACGCCCGACGGAAACUGCGAGAGCAGUACGGGAAGGAGGUCUCCGUCGAUGGACCCAUCCCCGCUCAUCUGCUCGGGGAUAUGUGGGCCCAAGACUGGAGCAAUCUUAUGGACCUUUUCCUUCCCUUCAAGAAGAAGUUAUUCCCCGAUAUCACGCCCGCACUGCGUGAACAGAAUUACACUGCAGAGAAGAUAUUUCGGAAGGCGGAGGAAUUUUACACGUCUCUGGGAUUGAGUCCUAUGCCGGAGACGUUCUGGAACCUUUCCGUCAUCGAGAUGCCGCAAGACAAGGAGAUGAUCUGCGAAGCCUCUUCGCAAGACUUCUGCGAUUCCAAGGAUUUCAGAAUCAAGAUGUGCACGGAUAUCACGAUGCAAGACUUUGCGACGGUCCACCACGAAAUGGGACAUAUCCAGUACUACAUUCAGUACAAGGACCUUCACGUCCCCUUUCGGGAGGGAGCCAAUCCAGGUUUCCCCGAGGCAGUUGGGGACAUGAUCGAAUUGUCUGUGAUGACCCCGAAGCACCUGGUCAAGAUCGGGCUCUUGCCGGAGUCGGCAGCGGAGAAGGACCAGCUGGUGGACUUGAACUUCCUCAUGUCUCAGGCCUUGUCCAAGGUGGCCUUUCUCCCGUUCGGAUACCUCGUCGACCUCUGGAGGUGGAAUGUCUUCCGGGGCAAUAUCUCUUCCAGCCACUACAACUGCGAGUGGUGGAAACUCAGGUCGGGGUUGCAAGGAGUGAAGCCUCCGAGCACUCGAAGUGAAGCGGACUUCGAUCCAGGUGCAAAGUAUAAUGUCCCUGCUGAUGUCCCUUUCAUCGGCAACUUCGUGAGUUUCAUCAUCCAGUACCAAAUUUUCCGAGCCCUUUGCACAGCAGCAGGGGAAUACGACCCGAAAAAUCCUCAGGCGAAACCCCUUCACCAAUGCGACUUCUACCAGAGCAAGGAAGCUGGGAAUCUCCUCAAGGAGAUGAUGAGGCUGGGGGGUUCGAAACCGUGGCCUGAUGUGAUGGCGGUCAUCACUGGAGGGAAUCGUCGCAUGGAUGCCUCCGCCCUCAGGGAGUACUUCCAGCCUCUGGAGGACUGGCUGAGGGAGGACAACAAGAAACGUGGCACCGUCGUUGGAUGGAAACCGGACGGCACGUAUUGCGUCACUGGGAACUCGAACAAGGAACCCUCGGGACCAAACUCAAUAGGAAACAAAGGAGAUUCAAUGGUACAAUUCAAUGGACUUCCAAAGGGACGAAGCCUCGAAGUAGACGCAGAUUCAUCGGGACGAAGCCUCGAAGUAGACGCAGAUUCGUCAGGACGAAACCUCGAAGUGACCGGAGGAGGAUUUUCUGAUGCGUACUCCGGAGGCCAGAUCCUCGUCCUCGCGUUCCCCUCGUUGUACCCCCGCCCCUUCGGUCAAGGGAUGCAGUAUCCUCCAGCAAACUGAGAGUGAAUUCCGUUUCAAGGAGUGUUCUAAUAAAAUUUUAUAUUCGUUCAAUGUACGGGUGCGGUCUGCAUCCUGAUAGAGAAGGUGCUGAAAUUUUAUGUUCGAUUUUAUGUUCUAUAUUUUAAUUUUUUUCAGUUGUCCGUCGUAUUUAUUUUUCUCGAUUCCUGAAUAACAGCUGGUUUUCUACACUA